AAAUAAUUAAGUGUUUAAAAAAAAAAAAAAGCAAAACUUCGGCUCCCACAGGGGAACAAAAGCGACCGUUUCUGCUCAUCCUUCCUUGUAGCCGCCGGCAAAUUUGAUCGGUUUCCGACGUUUCUAGAAACUUCGGAGUCAUGCUCUGCUUCUCUAGACGCUCUCUCUCUUCUCUUCUCCGAUCAAGUUUCCAUCUCCGCGGCGAUCCUGCGGCGGCGGCAGCUGUCUCCUGUUCCUCUCCCUUCUCUGACCUGGUUGGUGGGAUCAAGAGAUUGCACUCUCGAGCUGGAAAUGCAAUCUUGUGGAGAAAUAGUCAGCUAUGUUGUUCUCAAAGAAGGUUUUUUGAAGGAGAGCAAGUCUCAUUUUCCCUAUUUCGAUGCUUCAGCGGUGGCAAUGAUAAUGUUCCUCGAUUGGAUCGUAAGUUUUUCCUUCAGCUAUGGGUUUUAGAGAGCAAAAAGUUAAAGGCUUUGGAAAAGAGAUAUCGGAUAGUUUCUAAGCAUAGGAGGAAUUAUUCUCAACCUACACUGCAGCAACCACCAGUUAGCCAGUCUAUGUCUGGUCUUCUCGAGCCUAAAACUUCUGAGGAGGUCAAAAUUGCUACUCUGCUUGCACGAUCUAAUUUGCUGGUUACAAGGGACAUUGAAUGGGCAAAUCUGGUUCUUGGUUUUGAACAGGAAAAUCGCUAUAUUGUAGUAGAUGUUUGCUAUCCUCAGGCACCUGUGGGGUCUAUCCGGGAACAAAGCAAUCUAAUUGCGCGUCAGCUUCUUCGUACCCGGCGGCCAUUUGUUGCUUCCAUAACUGAUGCUUUGGGUAAUGAGCUUUUCCGGGUUCGCAGACCUUUCUGGUGGAUCACAAGUUCAAUAUAUGCUGAGAUUGAUGGAGAGGAAAUUGGUGUAGUUCACCGACGAUGGCAUCUAUGGAGAAGAAUUUAUGAUUUAUACCUGGGGAACACCCAAUUUGCAGUGGUAGAAAAUCCUGGGUUCUGGAAUUGGACAUUUACAGUGAAGGAUGCUGAUGGGGAAGUGUUAGCCCAAAUAGAUCGUGAUUGGAGGGGUUUUGGCUUUGAGAUAUUCACAGAUGCUGGACAGUACGUGAUCCGAUUUGGAAAAGCUGAUGCUGCAGCCAAAACCGGCCCUGCGACAAUGAUAGAAGAGCUAGAAGUGAAACGGCCAUUGACUUUGUCAGAAAGAGCUGUUGUCCUCACGCUUGCUAUUUCACUAGAUAAUGAUUAUUUUUCAAGACAUGGUGGCUGGGGAAUCCCAUUCAUGGCGGUGGGUGAGUAGUAGGUAGGAUUCAGUUUUUCACAAUCUCUGUUUCAGGUAAUGAUUCGUAUGGCUAUCCGAAAACUUGAGCCUUGUGCUGUGUUUAUCUAUGUCUCAUUUCAACUCCUACGAAUAUGCAGAGUAGAUGUAACUUUAAAUUAUUUGACAUAUAACUCUGUUUAUAUAACGAUGAUUAUUUUUGGAUGAUGACCAAUGUGUCGAAAGAGUAUUUAUGAUA